AAAAUCGAGUUCAUUUUUGUAACGGUACUGCGUCUGUACGGGAGUGUCCGUGAGAAGUCGGGCAACAACGAGAAUGAUAAGCGAGUGACAAGUGGAGUGUGGACGUUUGUUCUGUGGAUAAUGUAGGUCGGACAGUAGUUUGUUUUGAAAAUUAAUGUGAAUUACUGAAAAAACUGCAGUUGGUUACAUACUGUGAGGAGUUUAAGCUGGCUAUUCCGGCGUUCUAAACAUUUGUGUUGAAAAGUGGUUUUGGAGUGCGUCGCGAUGGCCGAGGCUGCAGGUGCCGCGAGUACCAAUCCCAACGCGGAGAUCAUUCGCGGGCAGGUUUUUGAAGUGGGCCCCAGGUACACUAACCUGCAGUACAUCGGAGAAGGCGCUUAUGGCAUGGUUGUGUCUGCCUUCGACAACGUCAGGAAAACGAAAGUUGCCAUUAAGAAAAUAUCGCCCUUCGAGCAUCAGACCCACUGUCAGAGAACGUUAAGGGAAAUCAAAAUCCUAACUCGGUUUAAGCAUGAAAACAUAAUCGACAUUCGAGAUAUUUUAAGGGCCGACACUAUUGACCAAAUGAAGGACGUUUAUAUCGUCCAGUGCUUAAUGGAAACUGACCUCUACAAAUUACUGAAAACACAGAAAUUAAGUAACGAUCACAUCUGUUAUUUCUUGUACCAAAUUCUGCGAGGUUUAAAGUACAUCCAUUCGGCGAACGUUCUCCACAGAGACUUGAAGCCGUCUAACCUGCUGCUCAACACCACGUGUGAUUUGAAGAUUUGCGACUUCGGUCUGGCGCGUGUGGCGGACCCAGACCACGACCACACGGGCUUCCUCACGGAGUACGUGGCCACGCGCUGGUACCGCGCGCCGGAGAUCAUGCUCAACUCCAAGGGCUACACCAAGUCGAUAGACAUUUGGUCCGUGGGCUGCAUCCUGGCGGAGAUGUUGUCCAACCGACCCAUCUUCCCCGGCAAGCACUACCUGGACCAGCUGAACCACAUCCUGGGCGUGCUCGGCUCGCCCAGCCAGGAAGACCUCGACUGCAUCAUCAACGAGAAGGCGCGCGGGUAUCUAGAGUCACUGCCGUUCAAGCCGCGCGUGCCGUGGUCAGAGCUGUUCCAGGGCGCGGAUGCGCGUGCGCUGGACCUACUGCACCGCAUGCUCACCUUCAACCCGCACAAACGCAUCACCGUAGAAGAGGCGCUUGCGCAUCCAUACCUCGAGCAGUACUAUGACCCUAAUGAUGAGCCGGUGGCGGAGGAACCGUUCCGCUUCGCCAUGGAGCUGGACGACCUGCCCAAGGAGACGCUCAAGCAGUACAUAUUCGAGGAGACGCUACUGUUCAAACAGCUGAACGAGGGCGCGUAAGCCGCCGCGAGUGUCGCCGAGGGACGGACGCGUGCGAGCCUGUCAUGCCACCUUAAAAUGUUAGCUAGUUUCGUGAUAAUUUCAACGAUUACGUAAUUCCCAUAUCCCUUGUCAGUGUUUUAUCUAAUCAAAUUUGCUUCAAGAUUAGCAGAAUAUGAGUAAUUUUAAUACUUAAUGCAUGUCGUAACGUUAAGGAUUUCGUGUGCUCGACAUUUGUAGGAGACACGCUCGCACGCGGAGCAAUCUUCGGACUAAACCGUCGGCUUUCAACUUGUCACGUAUUCAGUGCAUGUAGUCGGUUAACCAAAGCAAAUAGUUAACCAUGAUGUAUUCAUUAAGUAUUGACGGAGCGACGGCUCCGGCGUUUGUUUUCAUUUUAAACCGUAUGCGUAAGUGACUGGAGUUAAAAUUGUAUGCAUUUUCAUCGAACCAGUUUCGCCGUAAGCGCGUAAAGCUUUUGAUGAGUGCGGCCGUACUGUACCGCACGCCGUCAAACCUAUCGACUAUUGCAUAUUAGGUCUGUGUUCUCGUCUGAAUCAUCAUAAUGACAAUAUUUUGGAACACAACACCGAAAAAGGCGGUCAUCGCUAUAUUGUGUUGAACAUUCUCUAUGUAUUAUGUAAUUAAUUAUGAAUUGUUUAUAUAUUAAAUACAUUAACGGUACGACUGGGUCAGAAGUUAGAAAAAUGAGUAUACAUUCAUUAAUGAGUAGCGAAGUAUAGUAUGGUAGAUAGGUUUUUUCUGAAAUUUAUAAAUGUUAAACAUACCUAGUCUUACAAUUUCUGAUAUGGAACGUUCUUGUGCGGUGACGUUUGCACGAAUGUCGUAUCAAUUUCACAGUAUUAGAGAGCGGGUCGACGUCGCGAUGUUGUAAUUACUCGCGAUCUCUCACCCGUCGGCCGCACGGCGUUCGCCAUCACACACAUGUCGAAUGGAUUAUAUGGAUAAGAAACGAGCGGCGUAUGUGGUUAUGUCGAGACGUAAUGGGGCGCGAGUAAUAGAAACGGCGGGGAGUCGACCGAUAUCGCUUGCCCGUGAAGUCAGCUCCACUGGCGGCCGCGCUCGUGCGGACUCCAGGUAUAUAGUGGCGUGGUACCACUUGUGGGACCACGCCACUGCGACAGCUUGUCACCACGGCGCCACGCCAAACGACAGGGGCCCACGUACGAUGUAAAUAUUUCUUACAUUAUUUAAUGUAUUUUGAAGUGUCACCGAUUAAUUAUAAUGUGAAGCACUGUUAUUUCCGACGUGUUUGAUACUCGUAAGGUAUUUCCAGUAGGUGCGAGCGGCGCGCGUUGGGAAACUUGAGCCUCGCAAUGUUUUGUGUAAUGGUCAAAUUCUCGUCUUCCUUAUAUUUGCAUGUUAGCGCACAAUACUAUUUUAGAAUAGUUAAUUCUUCAUAUCAAAUAUUUAAUGUGGUGUUUAUAGAUUUAAAAAAUACGUUGAUAUAGUUGUGCGGCUAUCGAUGUGGUAGUGUCAAGUUUUUCAGCGGACGCGCCGGUGCAGUGGCGGGGGACGGAGUGUGUGUGGGGGGGUGACACUAGAGAGGGCAGGAGGAGUGGGGAUAGUGUUGUAGCGCGCGGGCUCGCGCCACGUGACUCGGUCUAACCUGUUGUUACUUCAUAUGUCUACGAGAUGUUGUUAGCAUGUAAGCCCACGUUCCCGGUGUCGUAUCUAGUGGGGACGUUUGAUCUAUUACUGUACUAAGACUUGAAUAACGUUGUUUGUUGAAGGUAUCUAGGAGUUCGUCAUUCAAUUUUAACAUUACGUGUUUUCUUUAGACUCAAAAGUAAUAUUGUGACGUUUCGAGAUCUCUCGGGUUGGUUGUAAGUGUAAAAAUAUACUGAAUGUUAUCGCUUUAUCCGUUUAAGGCUGCAGUUCAGGUCAUCCAACAUAAUGGUGACGAUGGCUUUUGAAAAUUUACAAUUCGUGUGCGAAAAUGUGUUACGAUGUUUUUGCUAUGAAACUGCCAAAACUGCAGUCUCAGGCCAGUUUCAUACGUAACUUCAACCACAUACAGAUAAUGUCGCGAUAUUGUUGCGACACAUGAUUGCUCUCGACCACAUAUUGCGACUAACUUCAGUCGUAUGCCCGAAACGGAUCCAUUGCGGUUGUAGUUUGAAAGUGGUACGUGUGGAACUGCCCUAUCCCAUGACACGUUCAAUACAUUGUCACCACAUUAUUGACGUGUUUAUCAAACGUUUCCGCUACAACAUAAUUAGAAACUUUGUUUCGGGUGUAUAAGGUGACCAUUUAUACAUUUCGAAAGGGACAUUUCCGGUAAAUUUUUGUUUUCUAAUGACUUCUGGGCAUCGAGCAGUGGCGAAAGGUUAAAUGUUUCAAAAGGUAACCGAUGCAAAAAAAAAUGUAUCGCGGCCAAUUUAACAAACUUUAAUAAAGCUAAAAGGAAAGGCUUUAGGAAGCGGGUUGUCUGGACGUUUCGCCGCUGGCAUCGACCUCAGAAAAAACGGGAUAAGAACGUAUGCAUUUUUAUGGAACGAUCCAUUGCGGAACAAUGGAACUGUCCCGUUCAAACGACACGUGUGGUCACCUUACAUAACACACGCCUAUUGUACAGUAUAUUUUAAGUUUUUCAUCGCUUGUGACAAUUGUAAUUUCAACUGUAUUAGAUUAUGAUCAGCGACUACUUAUUAAAAAGACAAGCGCUUAUUUAUUUCGACGUGUUUACGUGUCUUUAAGCUAAUGUCUUCUCAAGUGGCUUGUUGGUUAGUUCGUAUUUACAGUCUUGUACGAGUGGCCAAAAUAAGUCUUAAAAAUAUUAAAAAUAAGAUGCAAUACUCAACUAACACGGCAAAGUGCUUAAACUUAAGAGUCAAGAUAAUAAAACUUAUUGAACGGAUACUAAACUUAUAUUCGACUGAUCCUGACGUCUUCCUACUUAAUAUUUUAACAUUUGUUUUUAUUAAAUCUAUCGGUUUAGACGUAUUAUUUCUAAAUACGAUAUAACUUAAUAACAUAACUUCUAUAGCUCGGGGCAAUAUCGGCUUACCGCCGUUCCUACGCUCGGUUGAUACGUAUGUAGUGGCUUCUCCGCUUGCGUAUAUUUUUCAGAGGAACAGUGUAAAAAGCCUUAUAAACGGCUUCUGAUAUUAACAGUAUUUAUAUUAGCUAUUGAUUCAUUAAAUGGAGACAAAUAUGAUUAAAAAAAUAACAUUGUCAAAUAUUAAUCCGCUGUAAAGUGAGUGCAUACACUAGAACACACAUAGAACAUUUAUCAUUGAUUGUUGAUUUUACGAGUGUAUCGGAAUUGCAAUGCAUUUUUGGUUACGGACGCGCAUUUAACGAAGUACCAUGCCGUCGUACAUUGCAAAUAAAACGUAUUCUGAUGACAUGUGAUAAGUUUUCAAAAACAUCUCAAUUCGCCUAAUUGUGUGUGUACAAAUUCCUCAUGACUUAAAUCGUUGUAUUUGUCAUAAUUUAUUUUAUUAUACAUCUAUAAAUUCUUACAAUAAGCAAGCCAUAGCAUAGUUUUUAGAUUCGCAUCGCUGCUUUGUUGUCGAGCUCUAAGCCAGAGUAAUCGCGGUAAUGCACGCCGUUUAGAAUAUCCCGUGCGUACACAUUGCUUGGCCAGCGUGUUUAUGUAACAGCUGUUAUAUAACUGCCUUGAUGGCGUAGUUGUACUGCAUGCGCGGUACGGCAGCGGUCCUGAGUUCGAAUCUCGGGUCCGGCAAAGUGAUAUUUGGGUUUUUCUGCUCAGUAUCAGCCCGGAGUCUGGAAUUUGUACCCGAUAUGGCGAUAGACUCGGUCCUAUCACAUCAUGGGAUGGAACGCUUGGCGAAAAGUGGGUACCCUGGUUACGCCUAUACUCCUUCGGGGAUAAAUGCGUGAGUAUUUUUGUUUGUUCGUUUGUGUUUUAUGCAAUUAUGUUAAAUCUUAACUAAAUUUCACGAAAUAUAGGAGUACGUAGAAAAUGGGGAUUUUUUAUUACCUAAAGUUUUUGUCUUUUUUUGUUUUGUGUCUGCUAUUAUAAAUCAAUAUUGGCAAAAUCAUCGAUAACCAUACGGGGACAAAAAUAAUAUUGAAAAAGAAGAAGUAACGGCUAAAUUAAAGGCCAUAAGAGUUGCCACAAACGUCCCAGUUUAGGCGAAAAUAAUGAUCUAAGUGACAAUCAAUCAAAAACUGUUCGUAAAUAAUGUAAUUCCUACCUACCAAAUUCUUUAGACGAUGUUAAUCGAUUUUGGCCACUUGCUUCAAAACUUCUGUAUCCGAUCAUUCAUUCGCAGUUUAACUGAGACAAUAGCAACAUUGCCAAUGCAAGAGUUAAACAGCGCAUGAUCGUCGGCUUUAACUGUAGUUAUGUUAGUACAACACGAUACUUUCCGGCGCCGUUCGUUCCGAACGAGCCGCGAACCCUCAACUCCGCAACAUCCACCACCACGUAUUUAUUGUUAAAGUAUGAGUGUUGCCAUAUUUUCUUAAGUCAUUAUGUACAAAUUGGAUAUUGUAAGAUCAUUUGUUAUCUGUCAACAGUUGAAUAUUACGAAAAUAAAUCAAAUCAAAAGAG